AUGAAAAAUGGAGAGAUACAUCCAGAAGACAAUGUUUCCAUGGUAAAGCAAUUUGUCCUGCUGGGAUUCUCAGACCUUCCAAACCUCCAGGGUUUCCUAUCUGGCAUAUUCUCCAUAGUUUACACAAUUAUCCUAAUUGGAAACAGCCUCAUAAUCAUAUUAACUAUGGUGGACCCUGUUUUGAAGAAACCUAUGUAUUUUUUCCUGGCCAAUUUUUCAACUCUGGAAAUCUGUUAUGUGUCAGUCACUCUGCCGAGGAUUCUGGUCAGCAUGUGGACUCUGGAUAGAACCAUUUCCCUACUGGAAUGUGCCAUCCAGUUGGGUUUCUUCCUGAUCCUGGGAGCUACUGAGUGUCUCCUCUUGGCUGUGAUGUCCUAUGACCGCUAUGUGGCCAUCUGCCACCCUCUCCACUAUCCUCUAGUCAUGAACCCAAAGAAGUGUGUUCAGCUGGCAGCUGGGGCCUGGGUCAGUGGAAUGCCAAUCCAGAUAGGACAGACCUGUCAAAUAUUCUCUCUGAAUUUCUGUCAUUCUAACCACAUUGACCAUUUCUUCUGUGACAUGCCUCCCAUUAUCAAGCUAGCCUGUGGGGACACCUCUAUGCAUGAGCUGUCUGUCUACGUAGUAAUCAUGUUGUUUGCUGUGGUCCCAUUUGUGUUGAUCCUUGCUUCCUAUAGCAAAAUUAUUUCCACUGUUCUGAGAUUGCCAACAGCCCAGGGACGGGGAAAGGCCUUCUCCACCUGCUCUUCCCACCUGCUGGUUGUGGUUUUAUUUUAUGGAUCUGCUAGCAUUACCUACUUCAGGCCAAAGUCCAGUCAUUCCGCUGGAAUUGACAGAUUGCUCUCUCUCUUCUACACCAUUGUGACCCCCAUGUUCAACCCACUUAUAUACAGCCUUAGGAACAAGGAGGUGAUUGCAGCACUGAGAAAAUUAUUACAUCGAGUAUGA